UAGAGAUUGAAGAGAUGUUGUAUAGUGAUUGAAAACUGGGUAAGGUCGAGUCAGGAUGAUCGAGAAAUUUCAUAGAGAGCAAAUGCAAAUUCUUCAUUCCUUCUUCUCCUGAACCAACUCCUACUCGGCCUUCGCAAAAAUUAGAAUCCACAUACCCUUUCUAAUUCCUUCGAUCGAGCAAGUUUUCGCUGUGCAUAAUCGUUGAGGGCGCCGUCAUGUUUUUUGAGAUACUCUGUGGUUUCAUAGCGUUUAGAUUGCUCAGACGAUUCUUUGGUCAAAGAGAUGAAUUGGAGAUCGAGACCUCUGAUUCUAAUGCCCUAUUCGCCGUUGCUUCGAGAUUAGAAAAGAUUUAUAGUGGAAAGAUUUUUGUGGGACUUCGAAUUCCAGAUGCUGACACUGGCUUGCGACAGAGUAUUGAUAUGGUGCUUGUAACCAAAGGGGAAGCAGUGGUGGUAUUGGUAAAAAAUCUUUCAGGUUUUGUUUCUGUGAGUGCUGAUGGCAGCUGGAUCUGUGAAGGCGACGGUAGACAAAAGUCAGAGAUUCUGCCUGAUCCGGUGGCUGAGACACGAAGAUGGGCCUCAAUUCUAGAGUCAUACCUUGAGCGGAGAGGAGUUGCACUGCCAGAAGGAUAUUUGUCGUGGAAAGUUUUGCUUCCCAACCCAAAAUUCCGAACAGUCCAUUCAAACUAUUUUCCUUCUGAAGUCAUCACAUAUGAUCAGUGGAUGCAGUUGAAACCAGAACCAAAAAGCAUGUUCUCUGGUUGGAUAAAGAGUGCUUUGCGUGGAGGGAAAAAAGAGAUACAGGAAUCGAAGGAUGAGAAGCUAAAUUUUGUCCUCAACACUGCACCCAUGUGGGAUAGGUUGGAAUUAAAAGGAAAUAACCUUGUUCUGGGAGAAUUCCUGGAGUUCAAAGGGAAGAAAGAAGAUAUGCAGGCCUUGAGAGAGAUCAAAAGAUCAAAAGUUAGUUGCAUAGUCAUCCAGAAGAUGAGAACGAUCGGAUUUGGUCCUUCAAGACUUCGUGUUUUAUACUCUACUCGGAAUUAUCAAAAUGAGGGGACCUCUGCUUCCGAGUGGAAGGAAAUAACAAUAGGAUCCAAUACAAUGGUAGUAUUUCAGAUGGAAUAUUCUUCUAAAGUUCGAAAAAUCAAGAUCUCUUCAAUUGUAUCUCUAUCACUAAGCGCCUGAAGAUGUCUGGUCAGUGUUAUUAUUUUUAAUUUUGAUCAUAACACUAUUGAGGCUUACUGAGUUGAGAAGAACAGCGUUUUUGAUAUUUUCUUUUUUGUUUUUAUAUAUAUAUAUAUAUUUGGUCUCUCUUCCUUCUUAAAUGUGUUUAUAUCAUAUAUCGUCGAGGCUACCUACGUAUAUGUCUUUGAAACAGUGUAUACAUACGAUUUAUUUAUAUUUGGGCCAUUUGUGCUCUUAAUAUC